GCUCUCCCUCCUCCGCCACGCUCACGGCAUCAGCAUGGCCAUCUCCUCACGCCUGGCCCUGUGGGAGCAGAAGGAAAGUUUCGGCCAUCUUAUAAGGGAAGAGGACCGCAGCCCCCCGCCUUCCUCUCCACCCCCGCUCUUCUCGGUCAUUCCUGGGGGCUUCAUCAAACAGCUGGUGCGGGAAACAGAAAAGGAGUCCAAAGAAGCAAAACUGAAAGAUAAAAUUACGUUAAACUCUAAGGAAGAUCCUCCAGGGAAGCAGGUCGAAGGAACCGUCCAGCUGUUUGUGACCAAAGACGCCAACAUUAUGCAAGUGGGAAGGGACGUGGCCGGUCAGGGGGAGCUGCCACCGGGCCAGGUGAAUGGCGAGAAGCCCCCGGGGGAAGGCGAGGCUGAGAUCCAGGAGAGGAAACCCUUGCUUUGCAAGACAGCCCCCCAGAGGAGCAAUGCCAAGCUGCCUGUGCCACCUGUGGCUGAAUCUGUACCUGCUGCCCCCCAAACAGGGGAGCAGCAAACACACCCCAGCGUUGCCCAGGCACCCCAGGUUCCUGCUCCCGAGCAAAACAAAAACUCUGGCUCAGGGGAUGCCAAAGCCGAGGCAGGUCUGUCCCACAAUACCACAGAAACAGAGAAGAAAGGCAAUUUACCCUGGAGUAGACGUUUGGAACGCCCCAGGAAAGAGAACGGGAUACAAAAGGCAAAGGAAGAGCCCCAGAGCAGGCUGGGCAGCAAGGGGAAGGUGGCGGAAAAGGGGAAAGAGUUGGAAGACACCCGAGGGAAGCUGGGAGAGGCUGGGGGGAAGCUGGUAGGAACCAAGGAGAAACUGGGAAAGAGUGGAAAGCAGUCAGGAGGCGCCAAGGAGGAACCGGCGGCAGCAACAAAAGACUCUAUGGAGGCAAAGGAGAAGCAGGGAGGAAGCGGCAGAGGGCCAGGAGAAAGCCAAAAGGAGCCCGCUCCAGCGAGAGAAACAAAGAAGCCCGAGCCAGCCGUGGGAGGAAAGGACGGGGGAUCAGGAGGGGAAAGGAAGGAGAAAUUGGCCGAAACCAAGGAGGAAACAGGAGGAGUACCUGGGGAAAGCAGCGCCGGUAAACAGGUUCCAGAGGACAUGUGGUACGAAACAGAGGCUGUCUGGCUGGUCCAGAAGGAUGGAUUCACUCUUGCUACAGAACUUAAGCCAGACGUUGGGACUCCAGAGCUGCCUCAAGGGAGAGUCCGAGUUCGAGUGGAAGCAGAUGGCUCCGUCAUCGAGGUCGAUGAAGAAAACAUCCAAAGGACCAAUCCUUCCAGGUUUGACUACGCCGAGGACCUGGCCUCCCUGAUCUCUCUGAAUGAGUCGAGCGUCCUCAACACGCUCCAGCACCGGUACCAGUCGCAGCUGCUCUACACCUACGCUGGCGCCAACCUGAUAGCCGUCCAGCCCACUUCGUCCGUGACCAACUGCUCAAAAAAGGCAUUUAAAGGCAAGCGGGACGGGAUGCCCCCGCACAUCUUUUCCGUGGCACAGAGGGCUUACUGGAACCUGCUGAUGCAGCGGCAGGAUCAGACCAUCAUGCCCCUGGGCAGGAGCGGGGCCGGCAAGACCACCUGUUGCCAGCAGGCUCUGGAGUACCUGGCGGCCACCGCAGGCAGCGUGGACAACCGAGUCACAGUGGAGAAAGUCCAGGCCAUGUUCACGGUGCUCAGAGCCUUUGGAACGGUGUCCAGCAGCCACAGCACAGCCGCCACGCGCUUCUCCAUGGUCAUGGCGCUGGAUUUCAGCGCCACGGGCCAAAUAACGGCUGCUCAUCUGCAGACGAUGCUGCUCGAGAGGAUCCGUGUGGCGCAGCAGCCGGAGGGAGAGAGCAACUUCAGCAUCUUCUCUCAAAUGCUGGCGGGGCUGGAUUUGGACCAGAGGACGACUCUGCAUCUACACCACGUGGUGGAGAGCAACACUUUUGGCAUCCAUCCAUGCUUGAAGGGUGAAGAGAAGCAGAAGGCAUCGGCUGCAUUUUCUCAGCUCCAAGCCGCCAUGGAGACCCUGGGAAUUGUGGCGGAGGAACAGAAAGCCAUUUGGCGAGUCCUGGCUGCCAUUUACCACCUGGGAGUUGCGGGAGCAUGCAAAGUUGGCAGGAAGCAGUUCAUGCGGUUCGAGUGGGCCAACAAUGCAGCAGAGGUGCUGGGGUGCGAGUUCGAGGAGCUCACGACCUCCGUUUUCAAGCACCACCUCAGGCGGAUUAUUGAGCAAGUCACAUCCGGAUCUCGGGGGUCGCUGGGCCAGGAGGAGGAUCAGCCCGAGGGCCCCAAGAUGACCGGGGUGGAGUGCGUGGAGGGGAUGGCUGCUGGACUCUAUGAAGAACUGUUUGCGGCUCUUGUGUCUCUGAUCAACAGGUCCUUCUCCUCAAACCAUCUCUCCAUGGCCUCCAUCAUGGUAGUAGACACCCCUGGCUUCUACAACCCGCGACACCAGAGGAAGGAGAGGGCCGCGACCUUUGAAGAGCUCUGCCACAAUUACGCUCAAGACCGGCUGCAGAUGCUCUUCUACGAGAGAACCUUUGUGUCCACGCUGGAGUGGUAUCAGCAGGAAAAUAUCGAGAUGGCUUUUGAUCUGCCUGAUCUUUCUCCUGCAACUACGGUGGCUGUUAUGGAUAAAAAUUCAUCCAAGGUUCACGUCUCAGCUGGGGGCCAGGUGGAGGAGCCCAAGGGCCUGCUCUGGAUUCUGGAUGAAGAGGCCUUGAUCCACGGUUCGAGUGACAGUGCCGCGCUUGAUCGCCUGUGCUCCCACUUUGUGAAGGAAGGGUUGCACGAGGAAGAACAGGGAUUCCUCCGCAAGUGCGAGCAGCCGCUGCAGUUUGAGAUCUCCCACCAGCUGGGCCAGGACCCGGUCCGCUACGACGCCACCGGCUGGGUGGCAAAAGCCAAGUGGAACCUCUCGGCAGAGAAUGCAAUCCAGGUUCUCCAGCAGUCCAAAAUAGACACUCUGAAGAAGCUGUUUCUGCAGCGGUCCAAAAUGCCUCUGGUGUGCCGGUCGGUGGCAGGCUUGGACGGGGGCUCCCAGCAAACUCUGCAGCGGGUUGGCAGCGUGAGGAAGACUUUCACCAGCAGCUUCGCAGCCGUGAAGAAGAAAUCCAUGUGUGCUCAGAUCAAACUUCAGGUGGACGCUCUUGCUAACCUUGUGAAACGAUCCCAGAUCCAUUUUGUCCACUGCCUCAUCCCAAGAAUGGAUGUGGAUGGGAUCAAAGAGAAGACGCUGCAGCCCUCCGGGUGGGACGUCCCAGCACUGCGAGUCCAGCUUUCUGGGGGCCAGAUCCUGGAUGCCUUGAGGAUCUACAGAGCAGGAUACACAGAUCGCCUGGCUCUGACUCAGUUCCGGCGCCGCUUCCAGAUCCUCGCUCAGCCGGUCAUGAAAAAAUACACCUCUGCCUAUGAGACAACGGAUGAGGCUAAGGCUCUGGAGGAGCUUUUCCAGGCUCUCGAUUUGGAGAAGAGAAGCGUUGCCGUGGGCCAUACUCAGGUGUUCCUGAAGGCCGGGCUGAUCUCCAGGCUUGAGAAACAGCGGGAGAAGCUGGUGUCUCCCAGCCUGACUCUCCUGCAAGCCACCUGCAAAGGCUUCCUCUCCCGGCAGCAGUUCAAGAAACUAAAGAUCCAGCGUCUGGCCAUCCGCUGCAUCCAGAAGAACCUGGCCGUGUUCCAAGCAGUGAAGGCCUGGCCCUGGUGGUUGCUGAUGUGCCGCAUUCGACCGCUGCUGAGCGCCAGCCUUCAGGAAGGCCAGCUCCGAGCCAAGGAGGAGGAGCUUGCAAUGCUCAGGAAGAAGCUGCAGGCCUUAGACCUUUCGCACCAGGAACUUCGGCAGAACACGGAAGUGCUGGAGACGAAGAUUGUGGACCUCACGACGGAGCUGUCAGACGAACGCUUGAAAGGGGACGUGGCCUGCCAGAUGCUGGAAGCCGACCGGGUGGAGAGGCUGCGUGGGGCGCGAGAGUUCACAGAGCUGCAGAGCAAAUAUGAACAGCUCCAGAAGAAAAUGGAGUCUGCAGAAAAGCAGUUGGAGGAAAUGCAGCAUGAGCUGCAGGUCCGUGACCUCGAAGCCCGAAGCUCCGGGAAAGAGGGCGAGUGGCAGAUGCGCCUGGACUGUGCCCAGACGGAGAUCGGGUUUCUCCGGAAGAAAGUCUCGCAGUUGGAAGAAAGGCUGGAGUCGGAGCGCAACUCCAAGCAAGAGCUGGAAGUGCAGCUCAGUGAGGCCCAGAAAGCGUAUGAAGGUGCCAAGCGGGGCGCCCAGCGGCUGAAGAGGAAGUGCAAGCAGUUGACCUGUGACCUGGAAGACACCCGAGUCCUGAUGGAGAGCCAGCAGAGCCGCAACCAUGAGCUGGAGAAGAAGCAGAAGAAGUUUGACAUGCAACUGGCCCAGGCCCUGGGAGAGUCGGCCUUUGAGAAAAGCCUGCGUGAGAAAGUGGCGCUGGAGAAUACCGGCCUGCAGUAUGAGCUGGCGAAGCUGCAGCAACGCUUGGAGGAAAAAGAAUCGGAAAACGCCAGCCUCAGCCAGCGGAUCACUGUGCUGGGCGCCCACGUGCAGGAGCUCAGCUCCCCCAGCAGCCUGGACCCCCGGGCAGUGGCCGCCCUCAAAAAGCAGCUCUGGGACCUGGAGGCGAGUGCCGCGGAGCAGCAGCAGGAGCUGAGCAGCCAGGCGCGCACCAUUGAGCAGCUGGAACAGCUGCACCUGAGACUCGAACUGGAGACAGAGCGGAUGAAGCAGCUCCACCAGAAGGCAAUGGAGGACAAGGAGGAGGAGCUGGAGGACGUCCGGCAGUCCUGCCAGAAAAGGCUUCGGCAGCUGGAGAUGCAGGGCGAGCAGGAGUGCGACGAGAAGCAGGCCAUCCUCCGCGAGAAGCAUGACCUGGAAGGCCUCAUCGCCACGCUUUGCGAGCAGAUUGGUCACCGAGACUUUGAUGUGGAGAAGAGGCUCCGGCGCGACCUGAAGAGGACCCAUGCUCUGCUGGCGGACGUGCAGCUUCUGUUGGCCACCGCUGCGGGAGACGCCGGCCCGUUGGGGAGCAGAGAGGAGCUGGAGAAGCUUCGCAGCCAGUGGGAAGAGAGCGAGGCCAGGCGCGCGGAGGCCCAGAAGUCGCACGAGGUGCUGGCCCAGGAGCUGGAGAGCAGGCACGCAGAGCUGGAGGCCGUCAGCCGGAACAAGAAUUUGGUUGAUGAGCAGUUGUAUCAGCUGGAGCAUGAAAGAGCUGAUCUCCUGAAGCGCAUCGAGGAAGACCAGGAAGACCUGAACGAGCUGAUGGCUAAACACAAGGCCCUGAUCGCUCAGUCUGCAACAGACAUUGCCCAGAUCCAGGAGUUGCAGGCACAGCUGGAUGAGGUGAAGAAAGAGAAGAACAGCCUGCAAGAGAAACUGCAGGCAGCUCAGACCCGGCUGGCCUACUUGGAGCAGUCGAUGGUGGAGCGGUCCAUCGUCAGUCGCCAGGAGGCCCUGAUCUGUGAUCUGGAGAACAAGCUGGAGUUCCAGAGGGUCCAGAUUAAGCGCUUUGAGAUGCUGGUUCUGCGUCUUCGGGACAGCGUGAUCAAGAUGGGGGAGGAGAUGGAGAAAGCAAAGGAAGCUGAAGUGCGAGAAAAGGAGAAUGCCCGCUACUACCAGCUUCGGAUGGAGGAGAUGAAGGCAGACCUGACGGAGCUAGCACAGAGGGAACUGGAAGCCAAUCGCAGGCGGGUGGAGCUGGAGAAGCAAGUGGGUGAGCUGUCUGCUGUGAGACAGACGCUGCAAGCAGACCUAGAGACCUCGAUCCGGCGCAUUGCGGACUUGCAGGCGGCUCUGGAGGAAGUGCAGUCGAGUGAUGAAAGUGACACUGAGAGUGUCCAGACUGCUCGAGAAUCGCUGAGCUCGAAGCAAGAGAUUGAGAGUCAGCUGAGUCUGGGCUCCAGCUGGAGCUUGAACCUGGAGCCUGAAGGAAGUGUCCAAUCGUGGUCGGCUUCGGCAUCCGACUGGUCCUCUCCAUCGGGCACGAGUCUGGCCGGAACCCUCUUGAGACAACCCUUAGACAGCCGCAGUGCACAGAGCCUGAGGAUAAACAAGGACCACGGCCAGAGCCCCCCAGCGGUGCCCACUUUAAGUGUUAAAAGGCAGGAAUGUGGAAGAAAUGCAGGGGAGGAAGAUUUGGGCAGCGUCCCCUGCCCUUCUCUUGGUGCUCAGAGAUGGGAAUAUGGGAGGCUGCUUUCCAGAGAGGAGUCUGACAUGCCCAAAAAAUUAGGCUCUGUGUCUCCAUCUGUGAUGAGAAAGAGGCCAUCUCCAGCGGCAUCCGCAGAAGGGAAACUGCCAAGUCCCGUGUCCCCAUCUGUGAUCAGAAGGGUGUCUCCUUCAGCUGAUGGCAAAUUGUCACGCUCUUCAUCUGCACUUUCUGAAUACGUUGAAGAACUGCGGAGACAGAGACUGAAAGACAAAGAACCAGGGGCCUUAGCACUGGACGAGGCUCCGUCUUUGCCCAUUUACCAAACGACGGGGGCCUCCUCCCUUAGAAGAUGUAGGACUUUGCAGGAGGAGAGGGAUUACCCAGUAAAACCAGACAAACUUGGGGAAAGUGGGGGAGCUGGUUUGACUCGGUCCUCCAGUUUGCGAAGCAUCUCCUCCGAGGGCACAGCACGGCCAACCCCCUCACCCAUUCUGAAGAGGGUCUCCAAGUUUGGGUCCUAUGACUCCCUCGUUCAGAACAUAGACGAGGCGUGCCCAGAACUCAGCUCCCCACCCUUGGGAGGAGACGCUUCCAGUACAUCAAGGCAUAAGCCCUGGAGGAGCUGCCUGGCAGCCUCCUUAGAAGGAACGAUGGAUACGGACCUGGGCAGGGAUCCGCUGGUGUUUCAGAGCAAGAGAUUUGGGGAUGCCCCAAGCAAAGGAAGGGAGAGUGACCCGCUCUUGUGGGAGAUACCCACUUUAAGCUAUGAAAGGAAGGCAAGCGCUGAAUUCGAUGACAUCCUCCCAGCCAUCCGGAAAGCCCAGUCAACGAGCAGCUUGUCCCGAGGCCCCAAGGAAAGGAAGGAAGGUCAUAGGCCCAUGAGUGUCCAUUUUGAAGACCAGAUCCCCACCGACCGCGCUCUCUUCUCUGGGACACCCUCAUCGCCAAGUCCAAGGCCCAAAGAGGACCCUGGAAACCUCUCUGAUUCCUCUUCGUCUUCUGGCUCUGUUGUGUCUUUCAAAAGUGCCGACAGCAUCAAGAGUCGGCCAAGAAUUCCGAGGCUGGAAGGGGAAGGAUGUGUUGAGAAAGCCAACGCCACCAGUGCCAAAGACGGCGGGCGGUCCGAGGCGGAUGGGAAGGAUGACGACGUGAACAGUAUCAUGAUGAAAUACCUAGGAAAAGAGUAA